ACUCCAGUCCGAUUGGUGGCGGUAAUUCUUCAAACUAGCUUGCCAACCCAGGACUAAACCACAGAAGAAGAGCAGGAGACUGUCCACUUCCUGCUGUUCAAUAAAGUUUUGCAAAGCCGAACCAUAAACAUGGGGGCUGUUACAGAUGAUGAAGUUAUACGGAAACGCCUUCUCAUUGACGGUGAUGGAGCCGGAGAUGACCGCCGAAUCAAUUUGCUCCUGAAGAGUUUCACGAAAUGGUGCAACUCUCCCGGGACCCCGGAGGAAGGAUUCACACAGUAUCAGAGGAUGCUGGGCAUUCUGGCGCAGUGUGAAUUUUCCAUGGGGAAGACGUUGAUGGUUUACGACAUGAAUCUUCGGGAAAUGGAGAAUUAUGAGAAAAUCUACUCCAACAUCGAACAAAACAUUGCAUCUGCACAUGAGAAGAUAGCAGAAUGCAAAAAAGAAAUUCAGAGGGCAAAGAGGAUACGAAAGAAUCGCCAAGAGUAUGAUGCUCUAGCUAAGGUUAUCCAGCAGCACCCAGACCGACAUGAAACACUAAAGCAGCUUGAGGCGCUUGAUAAAGAACUCCAACAGCUGUCUCACAUUAAGGAGAAUGUGGAUGCCAAGUUGGAGUUGCGGAAGAAGCAGUUCCAUGUGCUGCUCAGUACCAUACAGGAGCUUCAGCAGACCCUUGAGAACGAUGAGAAAUCAGACAAUGACGACAACAGUCAGGAGAGCCCUGCAGAGAACGGAGAGUGAAUAUGUGGAGAUCCUGAAUUUAAAACAAAACUUGAUUUUAAUUGAUUUUGUUGUCUCUGAUACUUUUUUAAAAUGUAUUUUGAAUAAAGCUGACUUGUCCACA